AUGCAAAUUCUUGGAUAUAUUGUUGCUGCUGUUGCUUUAGUAUCUACCAUUGAAGCUAUUCCACAAUUUGGACAUCAUGGAUUUGGUGGUAUGGGAGGACCAAUGAGGGGAGGACCAAUGAGAGGAGGACCAAUGAGUGGAUUCGGAGGUCACAGAGGUGGAUUUGGAGGUGGAAGUGGAUUUGGAGGUAGAGGACCACAAGUUUCCAAAACUGUCAUAACCAAGACUGUCAUACAUGGUUAA